UUAGCGCGAAAAGUUUUCUAGAAAAGUCGUAUUUAUUUUAGGUAAAAUUUACCAAAAAGAAAGAUUCCAGCGGCCAAAAUGGUGAUGUACGAGGUCCACAGACAUCCAAUUUUACAAAAAUACCGAACACAURUCUGUAGCAAGGCUACAGUUUUUCAAUUUUUCGUUAUUUGGUUGACAUAUUUGCCUCCUCUUAUCAUUGCUUUUGUGACCUUUGGUUUUUGGAUGAAAGAGAGUUCCUUCAGAGAGCUUCCGGACGUGCAGUACAAGAAUCAGUUGCUUCUUGUCUUACAAGGAAACGCGCCGGGAUCUUUCGUAGCUUAUAGUACUUUCCAGAACUUUAACCAGCUUCUUCAACAGAAUCUACGAAUUCCAAUUGUCAAGUCUUGGGAGGAAGAUAACAAUAUGGAUGGUAAAUAUGAUGCUCUGAACUUUGACAUUCAACUGCCACUAAAGGACACAGAAGCUAUUUAUUCACUCCAGUUGAUUAUGAUCUUUGACUACAAGCUACAUAAAUAUGUUAGCUUACAAAUGGAAGGUAUGGCAUACAUCCAUUUUUCUUCACCCAUUGCUGGAGCAGAGUUCAACACUGUUGGGGAACUUAAGCUGAGACAAAGGGAUCUUCUCCCAAACAAAGGGCGAUAUUCAUUAUAUAAUACUUCUGUGAUAGAUGGUAGUAGUUCAUCAGUCGAUGCUUAUGAUUUGUACAAGAUAUUUAGCUCAUACAUCAAAAGAAAUGUGAGUACAGAGUAUGUGUCCAAGUAUCCAUUGUGGAUUGGAGGCAGAGGUGCAGGGCAACCAUUUGUUAUUAAAGGCACCAUUCAUUACCCAGAAGAAAGAGUAUUCUAUCGCCCAGGUUUCUGGCAGAUGCUCAAGUGGGCUUGGAUCCAAUAUCUUGCUAUCCUCUUCAUUUUCUUGUUUGUUUUCAACAGAGUCAAAAGAUUUAUUUUUGAGGAACAGAUUGUACCAACCGUACCAAUGACUUUACCCAAGGAACAUUUUGACUAAACUUAACCAAUACACAUAGAAAGGCCAGGCACUUGUUCAAAGAGAAAACAUAGUGGGGCACAGUACUGGACAGUUUUAAGUCACUUUCCAGGAAGUUACCAUAGAGUAUGGUAUAAAUAUUUAAAAGGUGUGGAACACUGUAUGAUUGUCUGUAAUUAUGAGCAUUUAUGAUUUAAUAGUAAAACUAGAGGAUGGAAUUUUA